AUGAGGGACUAUGAUUCGCAGACAGCAAUGCCUCUCAAGUCUCAAGGAUGGAGAGGAUCAGUCGAAGUCAUCUCCGACGUCGAACUCACCGUUUCCGACACUGAAAUGUGCUCCACCUCGAACCGCCGCCGCAAAGUCAUUCCCAAGUACAUCUCCGGCUUCGUCUACAGAUCUUCUCCGGUCACUUCCGAGCAGAGCACUUGGGACGGGUCUUCCACGAAGUGGCGGAAGUAUUACGCGGUGACAAGUGGCUCCAUUAUCGCCAUUUCCGAUCCGACUUCUUUCAUGCUUCAAGAAAAGAUCAAGCUCAACAAGGCGAUGAUCAAGGAGUGCCGCCUCCGUGGACGCGGCGUGCUCUUCAUUCAGCUUCAAAACGAGGAAACCGGCUUUCUUCUUCGGUUCAAAGAUCGAAUCGAGCGCCGAAACUGGUACCAAGUCCUUCACUCGACUUCUACCCCAGCUCACGCCCUCAACAUCACCUCCGCUUACCCAGCUGCGAUCAAGGAAACCCCCACGAUCCUCUACUCUGAUCAGGAAUCCUUCUCUUCCUCUGGCACGGAGUCUUACAACCCUCGAAAGCGGCUCAAAGUCGUCACCGCCAGCUACAACCACUCCCUCGCCAACUCCUCGACCAUCAGCAGCAGCGUCAGAAACACCUCCCGUCACGUGAUGAGCCCCCGCGCGAUGAGCCACCUCGGCAACUUGGGAGAACGAGAACUGGACCAAUCGUUGGACCAGCAGGAGAAGAGGAAAUCAAGGAGGAGAUCCGCCAUCGACUUCAUCAAGAACUUCAAGAGCAAGUUCGAAAUCCUCAAGCCGACCGGUGGGAAAUCAUCGAGAAAGCAAAACAAGCGACUUUCUAUUAACUGA